CGGCGAUCGAUCUGCGCAGGUUUACGUUCAGGCGAACACCCUUGGACGUUGACAUACACUUUAAAAUGGCGCUGUUCUCAGCGAGACUGUCCCGCAACAUGUCACGUUUGCUCUUUAGAGCUCAAGUCAGUGACAUGACAAUUGGUUUAGGAACUUCGAAACAACUUCAGACAAGAUUAAGACUGUGUCAACAUUUUUCAACAUCGAAAGCCAGAGAAGGCCUAGGUCAAACCAUCAUAGUAAGACUGCAGUGGGCCAAUGAAAAAUAUGAGCACUUUCUCCAAGAGCGCUUCCCAAACUUUUAUAUUCUCUACCGUACAUUUCUGAAUGGAUUUCAACUCUUCUUUCAAGAUGCCAAAGAGGUGAGGGGGAUUAAGACAAGAAUGCUUGCCAACAAUACAGAUCGCUGGACAUUGCCUUAUCGUGAGAUGGAGAAACUCAGGCAGUUUCGUAGCGACAUGAUCAUAGCCAUCCCACUGCUGCUGAUCUCCAUACCCCCCUUUGCUAACUAUGUGGUAUUCAUCCUAAUGUACCUUUUCCCCCGGCAUCUCCUAAUUCGUCAUUUCUGGACAUCCCAGCAGCUUGUGGAGUUCCAGGCUGUGUACCACUCCCAUCGAGCCCACUCCUACAGGCCUGUGAUGGAUGCUCUGAUGCGAGCAGUUCCCUCUAUAAAAGAUGGUAAUCUCCAGCUGUGCCUCAUGGAGCUGUGCGGUAAGGUGCAAAGUGGUGGUCAUCCUAUAGUCUCUGAAGUGCAUGCACUGCGGACUCUGUUUGUUGAAUCAAACCUAGGACUGAAGAGGAUGUACGCAGAUGACAUGAAAUCGCUAUGCUCCCUACUCUUUCUUACCUCCCACCUUCCAUCCUUUCUGAUUGGCCUGCGACUGAAUAGUCAUGCCUUAGAACUAAUGCACCUGGACAGAGCUCUCUCACAACUUGGCCCCAACCACCUGAGUGAUGCAGAAAUUAAACAGGCAUGUUACGUGAGGGGCAUGAAUGGUUACUCUUUAAGUUCUUCUCAAUGUAGAGAGUGGCUUGCCCAGUGGAUCCAGUUUUCCAUCCAUCUCAGAGAGUCAGAGACAUCACUGUAUCUGCACGGCAUGGUUCUUCUGACAGUGAACUACCCUCAGCCCCACCAGUGCUGGCUUUCUCACAGAGACCAGGGGAACUGAACCUGAAGACAAACACAAGGAUUUCUGUGUCAUACUUGUUUUGUGAUGUUGAGGUGUAACAACUGAAAAUCAAGUUGUAUUUUGAUGUUGGAAACAGAUCCAUCCAUCCUUCUGCCUGUGAAACUUAAAUGAAAAAAAAACUUGGACUGUCAAAACAACAGAAGCAUAAUGUUCCCACGUCAGAAAAAAGAAAAACGGACAGUAUCAUGUUAUAACGUGAAAGUACAUGUUACUUUCACGUUUUUUCAAGAUAAGAUAUUUUCACGUUGUAAUGUGAUCAGGACUACUCUGGCACUUGGCUCUUUGCAAUGAACCACAAUUAGUUCUUCUUCAUGUUUGGGUUGAAACAUGGCAAGAUUCUGCUGUUAUGUAGCGCUUGUAAAUAACACGUUGUUCUAACUUUUGACAUUAUGAAGUGAUAUUGAUCAUUUUUUCCCCUUCCUUUGUGUGGCAGCAAUAUGCUGCAGUACAAAACAGAAUUUCUAUACAUAAACAAUUUUGUCGUAGCUUAAAAAUAUGUUGAAUCUAUAUGUUACUAUAAAUUCAGUUCCACAUUUAGACGGAUGACAAAUUAUUCGAAAAAGGUGCCACUUAUUUGACCAUAACUGAUCAUAAUUAGGUACUACCUAUGAAUGGUUAGAGAUCUCAUUCUGCAUAUAAAGAGUAGAGCUCUCCUGGAUAUAAAAAUCACUGUAUAAGGGUAAUUUCCUUUCCUAAUUUUGCUUGAAUUUAAUUUCCUUUGAAUUGUAUUUUAUUCUCUGUACUGCUGUAUUGGUGUACUGCUGUAUAGGUUUUUAUAUACCAAAUAGUUUUGAUCUGUUUUCUUUUAAAAACCUGAUUUUAUUUAGCAGCCUCUGUGAAGCAGUUUGUAACGUGGAUUUUGAAUAGUGCUAUAUAAAUAAAGAUUAUUGUUAUAAAUAUA